AUGCUCUACUUGAUAACCUUGUCAGGGAACAUGACCUUGGUUGUCUUAAUCCGUAUCGAUUCCCACCUGCACAUGCCUAUAUAUUUUUUCAUUUGCAAUCUGUAUUUUUUGUAUUUCUGGUACACCUCUGUGUAUACUCCCAAAAUCCUGGCCAUUUGUGUCUCAGAUGAUAAGUGCAUUUCCUUGGCUGGAUAUAGAGCCCAGUUGUUCUUUUGUUGUGCUGUAACCUACACUGAGUGCUGUCUCUUAGCAGCCAUGGCCUAUGACCGCCUAGUGGCCAUCUGUAAGCCAUUAGUUUAUUCAAGUACAAUGUCCAGUUCUCUCUGUACCGGACUCGUUGCAGGCUCCUACAUCAGAGGGUUCUUGAAUUCUAUUGCUCAUAUUGCUAACACUUUCCGCCUGAGUUUCUGUGGUAAAAAUAUCAUUGACCACUUCUGUGAUGCACCACCACUGAUAAAAAUGUCUUGUACAGACACUCAGGUCUGUGAAAAGGUCCUCCUGGGUGUGGUGGGCUUCAUGGUCCUCUCCAGCAUUCUUACCAUCCUGAUUUCUUAUUUCAACGUCCUUCUGGCUAUCCUGAGGAUCCAAACAGCCUCAGGAAUGUACAAGGCCUUCUCUACCUGUGCUUCUCGUGUAAUCUCAGUCACACUUUUCUAUGGAUCCUUGCUCAUCAUGUAUUCAAGGCCAAGUUCCACCUACUCCCCGAGGAAGGACAAAGUGGCUGCUCUGUUCUACACUGUGGUCAACCCAGUGCUCAACCCAGUGCUCAAGCCUGUGCUCAACCCUCUCAUCUAUAGCCUGAGAAACAAAGAUGUCCAAGAGGCCUUCUGGAAAGCAAUGUAG